UCUUUUCCCUUCCACUCACUCUGCCAUCGGUUCUUGUUCAUCGUUCCUUUUAUUUUCUUCAUUUUAUCAAGAACGAAAAACCGAUUUGUGGAGGUAUUUUCACUGUUCCCUUAAAAUCGAUUUCCCUUUUCUUUCCAGAGGUAUUUUAGCAGCUCGCACUCUUCCCCGAUUUCCUCAUUACAGGAAUGCUUGGCAAAAGCUGGGGAACAUGAGUCCAGAGGCGGCUAUGGAGCAGUAUGUUGCCCUUGUUUCAGAUAAAGUUCCGGGGUGGACGAAAGAUACUUCCGAUGGAGGGCGGAAAUUAGAAUCUGCAGACCAAGGCGUUGUUGGUUCUGUGGCUCCUGAUAUAGAUUCAUUUCCAGAUAAGCAGGCCAUUUUUAUGCAUGAAAGGAAUGCAGACUCGAAUACUGCUCCAGCAGGUGGUGACAUAACUGAGAGCGUAAGCCUUGAGAAGCAGGUACAUUGUGAAGUAAGAGGGAGUCUUGAACCUUGAGAUGUGGGGAAACCUUGAGAUCAAUUGAAUGUGGGGAAGAAUUGGAAGUUCCACCAAGAGAAGUAAUCAAAUUGGGUGCUCAGGCUGUUGUUGAGUUCAUGGCUAAUCUCGUUGCCAAGAGGGAUACCAAGGCAGCACCACCAAAGAAGGAGAAAGGUUUUUGGUUCAGGAUUUGCUCGAUUUGUUGGCCGUUCCGGACCGCAAAUAUGGACGACAACAUGUAACCAAUGAAUUACUACUACAGUUUUUUCUUUUUAGCCCAUUGUAUAUAUCUCAAAAAUGUUUUGGUUUCUUGUCAAAAUGUGUGUGUGUGUUUUCUUAUGCCAGUUCCAUUACUUUGUAAAUUAUUUGUGAGAUUGGUGAGCUUUUCUGCAAAGUUCAAAAUCCUGAUUGCUUGCAAGUGUUUUCAGAUUCAAGUGAAGUGAAAAACCUACAAUUGUAAAUCUUUUGGCAUCUAUUCUAUAGCAUCCAAAUUCUACUUUUAGUAUAAA